AUGAAAAGGCGGUACGAGAAGCAGAUGAACACGCUGAUAGAGAACGGCUAUGCAGAAGUCGCGCCCACGCCGCCGAAGGGAAAAACGAAGAUUUGGUACUUACCACAUUUUGCAGUUAUGAACCCGCAGAAACCAGAGAAAUUGAGGAUCGUCCACGAUGCGGCCGCAAAGGUGCGAGGAGUCAGCCUGAACGACAUGUUACUGUCCGGGCCGGACCUACUUCGAUCCCUACCAGGAGUGCUGAUGAAGUUCCGGCAAAGAAGAGUGGCGGUGACGGCUGACAUAAAGGACAUGUUUAUGCGGAUCUCAAUAAGGACGGAAGAUCGAGACAUGCAGCGCUUCCUCUGGCGCGGAAAUAGAAGAGAGGGACCCCCUGUCGAGUAUCGCAUGAAGAGUGUAAUAUUCGGCGCUACUUCAUCCCCCUGCACGGCAAUCUUCGUGAAGAAUAGGAACGCCGAACAAUAUAGAGAAGAAUAUCCGGCGGCGGCGGCGGCAAUCAUCAACAAUCACUACGUCGACGACUACUUGGCAAGCUUCGAUACGGAAGAGGAAGCAAUACAAGUCUCCAGUCAAGUGGCCUAUAUACAUAGCCGCGCCAACUACUAUCUACAGAAAUGGGCAUCGAGCUCCAGACUCGUACUAUCAUCAUUGGCGCCCGAGGCGAAAGAAGACAUCGUCAAGCUUGCUCCCGAAAAGAUACUGGGAAUGAUAUGGUACCCAGAGCGCGACACGCUGUCCUUCAAUAUGAAUGAAGCCCGGAUACCCACCGACAUACUACACGGCGAGCGCGUGCCAACGAAGAGGGAAGCGUUACGAACGACGAUGUCACUCUACGACCCGCUGGGAAUCGCCACGCCCGUGACCAUACAAGCGAAGCGCAUCAUUCAGGACACCUGGCGCACCGGAAUAGGAUGGGACGACGCGCUGCCUACCCCCGAAGCAGAAGCAUGGAAAAAAUGGACGGAGCAUGCGCGGCGCCUCUCACAACUAGCCGUACCUCGGUGCUAUGCCUCGCUCACAUGCGCCCGGUUCGUGGAGCUACACACCUUCGUGGACGCAAGCAGCUCUGCCUACGCCGCUGCGGUAUACUGGCGAAUCGUCGACGAGGACGGGAAAAUACACAUCUCGCUCAUCGCCGGCAAAGGGAGAGUGGCGCCUAUCAGCAAGAUGACAUCGAUACCACGACUGGAGCUCCAAGCGGCCGUAAUGGGCUGCCGCCUAGCCCGCACAGCGCAAGAGGAACACGACAUCAAGCCUGCACGUCGUUACUUCUGGAGCGACUCUAGGACCGUCCUAUCAUGGUUGCGAACGGGACCACGAGCCUACAAGCCCUUCGUAGCUCAUCGAGUCGCCGAGAUAGCAGAGGAGACUAAGACAAACGAAUGGCGUUGGGUAUCAACGAGAGACAACCCGGCCGACGACGCUACACGAGGAACGCCGAAAGACUUCGCCUCCGAGCAUCGUUGGUUCCGCGGCCCGCCUUUCCUGUAUCGACCAGAAGACACCUGGCCGGCGGAGGACAUCUCAGAGACUAUUGAACACACAAACGAGGAGAGAGUGCACGCGACGACCGCCGCAGAAAGAACAGGGAAGGCGCUACCCGACAUAACACGUUUUUCAUCGUGGGCAAAACUACUACGUGUCACGGCGCGUGUCCUACAAUUCAUAGAAAAACUAAAGGGAAGAGAAAGGUGUGCCGCCGCUAGAAAACGCACCAAGAAACGUGCGGAGGAAGACCCGACGUGGAAGAAGGUACAGGCGCACAGAGAAACGGGACGAGGCACAGGACACAAACAUGCGCCGAGACAGCAGAGAAAGAUCGUGCCUCUCGCGGCACGAUACUUGCAUCGCGCACGGCAACUAUGGAUACGCGCCGUGCAGGAAGAGGCCUUCAGCGCGGAGCUAGAAGCUAUAAGAAGAAAGAAGCCCCUGCCGGCCGACAGUCGACUCAAGCAACUGUCGAUUAUGAUUGACGAAGAGGGACUAAUACAUCUACGCUCGAGGAUCGCCGCCGCCGCCGACAUCACAACAGAACAACGGGAGCCCGUCAUCCUGGAUGGAGACCACCGAUGGACGCGGCUGUACAUCAAGUGGGUGCACACGCAAUUACACCACGGAGGGUUUGAAACAACGGCAAAUGAGGUGCGACAGCACUACUGGGUGUUGCGCCUCCGCCACACCGUGCGCAACGAACUGAAGAAAUGCCAGUUCUGCCGCAUCCGUCGGGCCACGCCAGCCCAACCAUCGACAGGCAAUCAUCCAAGGAGCCGUCUAGCCCAUCACCAGCGGCCCUUCACCUACACGGGGCUUGACUACUUUGGGCCCAUGACAGUCACCGUGGGUCGCGCACGUCAGAAGAGGUACGGAGUCCUCUUCACCUGCCUAACCACCAGGGCAGUGCACCUGGAACUCGCCGGGAGCCUCAGCACCGACUCUGCAGUAAUGGCACUGCGGCGCUUCAUAGGCCGCCGCGGGUGCCCCACCGAGCUCUGGUCAGACCAGGGUACCAACCUGCGCGGUGCGGACGUCGAGAUGAAGCACGCCGUCGAGGAGGCCAUACAACAAGAAGCCUCCGCUCGCUUCAUCACCUGGAAGUUCAUCCCUCCUAGCGCGCCAUUCAUGGGAGGCGCGUGGGAGAGACUGGUCCGCAGCGUCAAAUCAGCACUAGCCGUGGUGCUGCACGAGCGCGCGCCAAAAGAAGAAGUCCUGACAACGCUACUGGUGGAGGCCGAGCACACCAUCAACAGUCGACCCCUCACACACGUGUCGACAUCACCGGAGGACCCAGAGGCCCUCACUCCGAACCACUUCAUCCUGGGAGGUCCAUCACGGGUGCCGAUGCCAGGCGCCUUCACGGAGGGCGACGACGCCGGCCGCAAAGACUGGAGGAAGAGCCAACGCCUAGCCGACAUGUUCUGGGCGCGAUGGGUACGGGAGUACCUACCUGAACUCCAACACCGGCGGGAGCCCCGAGCCAGCAAGGGUUCCAUCUCCGUGGGCGAUUUAGUAUUGAUCGCUGACGGCACGCUGCCUCGCAACUCGUGGCCGCGAGGUGUCGUCGUGGCUGCCUACCCCGGACCAGACGGCGAGACGAGGGCGGUCGACGUGAGGACAACGAAGGGGAUCCUGCGGCGGCCAACGAAGAAGCUGGUCAUCCUGCCAACAUCGCCACCCGAGGACGGCGAACCGUAG